AUGCCUCGUUUGGAAGUCAAAGUAGGACCGGAUCGCUUCCACAUGGAGGCUUGUCGCGUCAACGAUUUCCAAGCUCCUCACGAGAUCGACACGGAGCACUUUUGCGGUCGAGUGCUGGUCCGUAUCAAAGAUGCUCCGGGAGCCAAAGAGGGCGAAGCAGGUCGAGAGUAUUUCAGGGACAGAUCUCGAAGGUUUUGCAUUCAGAUUGAGGGAAGAUUCAAGAAAGCUUGGGGUGGAGACGAGGUGGUGUUCGGUUCGGAUUUCGACAAGUUUGUAGAUUUCCCCAGAGCUCCUUUCAAUGCUGGCAUGAGGGUGGCCAAGAUCAUCGACCCUUGCACUUACUACGAGGAGCAACCGCCUUCCAAAAGACCUUACAUUAUGAGCCCUGCUGUGGCUUGCUUCAACACUCUGUGCGCUUGGCCCGCUCCGCACAGGGCAAACGAUGCAGUCGUCGUCCUUCGUCACACUUCUCGAGGUUCGAGCGGAUCGAACAGCGGCACGGCACCCUCCUCUCCCGCUCUUGGCUCUGCCGCGCUUCCCGACGCAGAGGAGGUGGAUGAGGAUGUGGUUCCGCAAGAGAGCCUCAGCCCAACCGUGCCGGGCGAGGAGAAGAAGAAGAAGAAGACGGGCUGGUUCGGGUUUGGAGUAGCAAAGGAGCAGCGCAUUCGUCGAAAGUACUGGCAAUUUGUUGGCUUUCGUGUGAGUCUCGUGACAGGGAUGAAUGAAUGUGAUCGUUGGAGCGUCUGAACUCGCAUGGAAUCGCAUGCUUCUCUACCAUCACCAACUCUGAACGCUGAUGACCCUACCCUUUUGUCCCUCAUCUGCAGCAAGACCCUCGAGUCAGGGCACUGCUGGAAGCUCACCAUGCCCAGAUCCGCACUCAACCGCCUUCCAGGCCCAACUCGCCCGCGAUUUCCGAGAUCAAGCGCGCAAACAGCGUCGCAUCCUCCUCUUCAGGUCCCGCAGAGAUUCAACAAGGUCACACCGCCUCUCAUCCGACCAUAUCUCGAUUGGGCACCUUCACUCGUAAAGCCGCGAGCAAGGCUUUAGAAAAGAUUCCUGGCGUUGGGGAUGAUGAGCCGACCACGCCGCCUGCUGGAGCGGUCAGAGCGCCUGACGAGGUCGAAGCUGCUGAGCUUGAGCUGCCUCCUUCGGCCAGCCAGCCUCAAGUUGGAGAUGGUCAAGGUGGCUCGAGUGAAGGACAAGCUGCAGAGAUGCCUCCCUUGGCACGCAUCACUACUGCUGUUCGCAAAGAAGCUACAGCUGCAGCAGAGACGGAUGGGUUGAGGGAUGGCGACUUUGACGUGGCCAGCGAGCAUAUCGGAAGACGCACAAGUCUAAAGAAGCCAAAGAGCACGAAUGAAGCAUCGUCGGAUUGGCAGAGCAAGCUGGACGACAAGUUGGGAUCUUGGAGAUGGUCGGAGGCUCAAGUGGACAUGAUCGAAGACAAUGCCUUUAUGUUUACGCACAAAUCCAUCCCCGUACCCAGCAGGCGCAAACAUUUUGCCAAAUUGGAGCACAGGCAAAGCUUCGUGUUUGAUCCGGACGUAGUGUACGGCAUGUCCUUCUUCACCGACGCUUUCGACUUCAACACUUUUGCUCUGGGAUUGGGUCCCGUCAGUCUCAAUCUGAAACGCUUCUUUGAAGAGAUGCCAAUCCGAUACACGCUUAGAGCUCAAACGAGGGAAAAUGUAGAGGAGCCCGUCUUCGCUACCAUUAGCUUUCAGCUCGUCGACUAG